UCCAAAAUGGCGUCCAAAGGAAAGGGUGGAUGGAUAUGGUCGCCUACAUGACAUUCCAUCUCAAGAAAUGUCCCGUCUUGCUGAUUAUUUUGUCGUUGCUGGAAUAGACAGGGACUCAAAGAAUGGAGAAGUUAAAGGAAAGGUGAUACAACGUUUCCCAAGUAAAGACCGUAAAGAUGCAACGUUUCCAGAAGGGCUCGAAUUGUUUUGUCAACCUGGAGGAUGGUACUACUCAAAUUACUACAAACCACCAACUUUCUUUGUUGCUGUACUCACUGAUAUGGAAGGAGACCAUCGAUACUGUGCCUGCUUCACAUUCUAUGAAAAGUGCAGUCCAGCCAAAUCCAAGUCUAAAGCAGUAAAGUCCUUCAACAAGGAGGUUCUUAAGGAUGGCAGCCAAUCAGAUUCUUCUUUAUCUGAUAAGAGAUUUUCUGAUGGUGUGCCUGGAAUUUCUAUUAAUUCAGAAGAGCUUUCUAUGACAGAGAUGUAUGCACCGAAGUGCUUGUGUCUUGUUUCAAGAGCAAGCUACUUUGACAUCUUAAAGAGCUGCCUAACAACCAUCUAUUGGUCAUAUCUGUCUGGGAGUAGUAAAUCCUUGGAAGGACUAGUUGGCUGUGUCUUGGGAUUUGUUCAGGUUCCACCCCCUGGGGGUCCAAAGAUGACCUUCUCCAUGGGUGCAGGUGAUCGGCAAACCCUCUCCCCUCCUGCAUCUGAAACUCUUCCAGUAACUGGAAAAUCACUCUCCAUCUUGUUCAAUCAACUUGGAAUCCACAACAUGCUGUCUCUCUUUUGUGCUGCACUGACAGAAAACAAAAUCUUGUUUUAUUCAAGCAGCUACGCACAGUUAACCAAUGCCACUCAGGCCAUGCUGGCUUUAAUGUAUCCUCUUAAGUUCGGUUAUGUAUUUAUUCCAAUACUACCAUCUGCAUUACUUGAAUUUUUGAGUGCCCCAACACCGUUUAUCAUGGGUGUACAUGAAAGCUACAAAGAUAACCUGGGCUCAGAUUUGACUGAUGUAAUUCUUGUAGAUAUAGAUGGAGGACAUGUGAGCAUUCCGGACUCUAUAAAUCUUCCUUACUUGGCAGAACCAUUUCUGAGUAGAGCAAGGCAUGAAUUGACCAUGGUGUUAUAUCCUCAACUAGUAACUGCAGAUUGUGCUUUCCAGCCGCCAACAUCACCGUCACUCCCACUCCUUCAGGAUAAGGAACUGCGUGCUGUGUUCAUUAGACUGUUUGCACAAAUGUUCUCUGGCUAUCGCUCAUGCUUAACUUUGAUCAGAAUCCACCCCAAGCCUGUCAUUACAUUCAAUAAGGUGUCUUUCCUGGAAAACAGAGGUUUGGUGGGAGAUGCAUUCCUUUCCAAGGUUUUGGAGAGUAUUUCCUUCUUGUCUUUUGUGGCCAGUCGAGGUCCCCCAUACAGACCCUGUGACCUCUUUGACCAGCUUUGUGUGGAGAUUGAUGGCAUUCUGAACAGUGAGGGAGGAUUGGAUCCUGAGGUGCAGGCUAACAUUCAACAACUUGCACAGAAGCUCUAUGAUAAUGAACCUUCUUGUGAAUCUGCUGAGAACAAUGUUCAACCAGUCAUUCCUGUUGAGGAAAUUGAGAGGUGUAGCCAGAAGGUUUUUCCACAGCUUAGUGAAGAUGCCAUAAGCCGGCAUAUAAAUCAACAGGAAAAUCUUUCUUUGGAUUACACUGUUAAGAGUAUGGAGCCCUGUGUCGUGCCAGCAAAUCCCAUGUCAAGUAGGCAACAACAUUAUAUUCCAAGUCGAAAGCUUGAAGUGUUGAAGGAUUGUGUUGCAUACAUCUUUGACAACAAGAUUUCUGAGGCUAGAAAGUCACUUCCCUCUGUGGUUAGAGGUCUGAAGUCCAAAGGAGCCCAGUUAGCUCUCUGCCAUGAAUUGUCCCUUAGAGCUAGACAAAACAGAUCACUUCUGGAACACGAUCAGUUUGAUCUUGUUGUGAAACUUAUGAACAGUGCAUUACAGGAUGAUGCAAGUAUGAGUAACACAUCUGUAGCUGCAGCCCUUUUACCACUUACAUCUACAUUCUGCCGAAAACUGAAUGCUGGUGUGAUCCAGUUUGCUUACACUUGUGUCCAAGAACACCCAGUUUGGGAAAGACAACAAUUUUGGGAGGAGGCCUUUUACACUGAUGUGGAGUCUCAGAUUAAACAACUCUAUGUAGAUGAAGAAGCUCCAAAAGCCAAUGCUGAAGACACAUUGGAAAGAAAGGAACAGCGCACAUCUCGGAGCAGCUUGACACCUUUAGCAAAACAUCGCAGUUUCACAAAAAGUAGAGAUAACCUUUCCUCCACACCCAAGGAUUCAGGGAGUUCAAGUGACCUGGACCAGUCCUCUCAGGUUGAGCAGAAACCAGUCCCAAGUGCACUGAGUAUCGCUGCCAAGCAGCUUAAGAAAUGGCCCUACUAUAGCAAGGGAGAGCAAGAUGCUCUGAUAAAUAGUGAGGAAGGUAUUGUAUACAGUCAAGCCAUUCACUAUGCCAAUCGCAUGGUUUACAUGAGGAUUCCCUUGGAUGCCAGCGAAAAGAUGCCACCACUUACACCUGCUACAGGUAUGCAAGUGGAUGAGGAGGGGUCUGUUGGUGGCACUCACACAGGAAGCAUUGCCAAUGGUGUGGCAGGAGGGAGUAGUGAAGUUGGCAGUUGUAUCACAGAUAGUUGGGGACGGGAAAGCUAUAUGGAUGAUGAGGACGGUGGAACUGUUGCUGAUAAAGUAACUAGAUUUGUUAGUCGGUUUGUGGAUCGUGUUGGUACAGAGGCUGGAAUUAGUCAAGAGCACCUCAAGUCUCUUUAUACCAUGAUACCAGGAGUAGUUACCAUGCACAUAGAGUCAUUGGAGCCAGUUUACCGCGAAUACAAGAACUUGGCUCCAAUUCAGAAGGCCAAGAUCAUGAGACCCACCUUGCUGUUGGGGGAGGAAAUGAUGAGCGAUGGACUCCGUGCUUACCUCAUACCCGACGGGAGGGAGCUGGGCAGGGGAGGAGAAGAUCAAGGUGGGGCAUGUCUGUUGCCCGCGGAAGGAGCAGUGUUUUUGACAAACUACAGAGUAAUUUUCAAGGGAACGCCAGUAGAUCCAUUUGCAUCUGAGAUGAUUGUGACAAGAAGUUUUCCUGUGGGAUCACUUAUCAAAGAGAAAAAGAUUGGAGUACAGUAUUUAAAGCAUUUGGGACAGUGGCUUCAUGAGUGCAUUCAACUCAGAUCUAGUACUUUUCAGAUGAUGAAAUUGAUUUUUGACGACGAGGUUGAACAAGAAGCCAUUGAGACAUUUCGAAAGAAAUUGCAAAGGAGACGUUCACCAAAUACAGUUAUAGGCACAUUUGCCUUCUGCGGAAAAGGCGUUCCAAGGACGCCGACUUUCGUCAUUGAAAAACACAUGGGGAGACAAGGAACUAUCCUAAAGACCAAGACGAAACUCGUAAGUGCAUCACGAACUAAGGCUAGCAGCAUUGUAAACAUUCGGAGCUCUCUUCGCAAAAAACGCCGCCAGCGUAAUGCGUCAGAUCCACAGAGUCUGGACCACAGAUCACUAAGUGGAUCCCUCACCACGGAUGAUGAUGAUUCUGUGCUCGAUAUAAAUGACAUUUCCCUCAAAGGCGAACCAAUUGUCGUUCAAGGAGCUGAACGGCUGAGUAAAUUGUCCUACUGUGGUGACUAUUCACGUCUCAAACUUGGCAAUAUAGCCAAAGAAUCCUCAGAGGGACCAUGGCGGAUAUGCAUGGUCAAUGUCACAUACACUGCAUGUAGAAGUUACCCAUCAGUGGUUAUAGUUCCACAGAGCAUAUCAGAUGAUAGCAUUGUCAGAAUAGCUAAAAACUACCGCCAGGGUAGGUUUCCUGUUGCAGUGUGGAGACACCAGCGGAACAAAGCCACACUGCUUAGAGCAGGUAGCAUUGAAAGGAGCACAAUUGGAUCAAUCAUGCGUCAGACCAAAACUGUAGCGCCUGGAAGUGUAGCUAGUCACACAAUCUCUUCAUCUGCCUCGGCUGAACAGGAGAAGUAUUUCGCUGCUGUUGUUGCAGCGACACCUCAAAGUAAAAACAAGAAUAUCUCACGCGCGACCUCUCUACACCAUGGCGUUCUCCUCAAGGACGGUUACUUUGCAGAUGAAGUUGAUUCAGGUCAACUUGUGGACAGAACAAUUAUGAGGAAAGGCUGGGAGCCGGCAGCGCUCUACGUCUUUGGUGACAAGACAUUGUUAAGGCAUGUUAAACAAGAGGCUUAUCCCAAGUGUGACUUUGUUCCAAUUGAGCUCCCAGACAUCAGAGCAGUUAGAGCGAGUUUCAAGAAGUUUCAGCGUGCGACUUGUCCGAGUACAGAGACAAACUCAAGCUUUAUUCAGCAGGUCGAAGAGUCCGAGUGGCUUCAGCAGCUGUCAGCCAUCAUGACUGUGGCCAACUGUUUUGUUGAUCUCAUUGAUAUCCAAGGAUCUUCUGUCCUGGUUUGCUUUGAAGAUGGCUGGGAUGCUACUCCGCAGGUGUUGUCUCUAGCAGAGCUAAUGCUUGAUCCUUACUAUCGAACCAUCGAUGGCUUCAAACUUUUAAUAGAAAAGGAAUGGCUUUCCUUUGGACACAAGUUCACCCACCGUGGAAAUCAAAUCGCUUCAACCCAGGGAGGGUUUACUCCGGUCUUUCUUCAAUUCUUGGACUGUGUGCAUCAGAUAAUGCUUCAGUUUCCUUUGUCCUUUGAAUUCAACGAUCAUUUUCUGUGUACUAUUGCUUACCAUCAUGCUUCGAUGAGGUUUCGCACUUUUCUUUUGGAUUCUGAACAUGAACGUGUCGAGUCUGGUUGGAUGGCAGAGGAGGAUCACAAACCGAGAGGAAAAUCGCUGUGGGAUUACAUGGACCUUCAAAAGACCAAGUCACCUCUGUACAACAACUUCUUGUACUCGCCAAACCAGACCAAGGUCUUGAGGCCAUUCUGUAAAGUACCUAAUCUGAAGGUGUGGAAGUAUUACACAACAGAGAACUUGUCUACCGGCCCAACUUACGACUUCGAGAUGAUCAAUGAUGUGACAACCACUGUAGAAAAUGAAGGAAGCCCUGAUGGAAAACAGGAGACUUAUGGGAGCUGUAUGACUGGUUGCUAUGGUGAUGUCACUCAGUUUGCACUAGACGAGUGCUCAUGGCUGCUUCAAGAGCUGUACCGACUGGAGGAGGAGGCUGAUCAGAAACCCAAGAAAUGGGAGCAGCACUGGCACAAGCUGUCUUACCCCACAGCAAAGAAAAUGGUUUUCUCCUAUAAUACCAGAUGGUUCAACCAUCAGCGACUGAACCUUCACAAGAGAAGUACCAUGGAAGUCAUUCUCAAGGGUAAGCUCCAAGUGGAAGAACGUGGAGCCCAGGGCUUCUCACAGCCACACAACUUUGAACCCCAUCUUUUUGUUCCUCCGUCAAAUUGUGAACAUUGUUUACAGUUGAUCAUUGGUAUUUUAAACAAAGGAGUGAAGUGUACAGAAUGUGGUUACAACUGCCAUGAAAAGUGCCAACCGCAGGUCCCGUGGCAGUGUAAGAAACGAGAUCUUCCUGAGCAGCCUGGGUCUGGAAUGACCAAGAGUACCAUGAGCCUGCCUAGUGAGGCCGAUGCUGCGCACCCUAAAAAGCUUCACUGUGGUUACCUGUUGAAGAGAGGACACCUUUUACGGCAGUGGAAGUCCAGGUGGUUUGUUCUGGACACUCAGAGAAAUGAGCUUCGGUAUUAUGAUGAAGAACAUGACGACCAUUUACAAGGCGCCGUGGACCUCGGGGAUAUGAUAGCAGUGCAGUCUCUCAGCAACAUACCUCAAGGUGGACCCAAAGGUUCGAUAAAAGGAGCCUUUUUCGAUUUGCGAACAACAAAAAGAGUCUACAAUCUGAUGUGUAACUCCUCUGAAGAAGCAAAGGUCUGGGUUGAAAAGCUGCAGAGCAUGAAUGUGUAAAAAAUGUUCUGUUCCCGCGGCCGUAGAAAUGGUUUCUUCGUUUAAUCUGUGGAGGAGGAGGAAUCUGUUUAUCAAUUUGGCAUCGAUGAACUGCCAGGUGUGCAUACAGAAUCUUAAUUGAUGGUUGGAGAAGUUUAGAAGGAGAGUUCACGAGAAUUGGAAAAAAAUUGUAGAAGUAAGAAUAUCGUGGCUUCGCAUGGUUGGAGUUUUCAAGGGUCAGAUGCCCCCAUUUCGUCAUUAAGAGAUAACGAGACUUUUGCUGUGACGUAACACUCUAGUGAUCCAUGUUUCUUUCUGAUUGGUCGUGGUAACUAAGCAACAGGCAAUCAUGUAUCAGUUUCUGACGUCAUCCGCGUGGAAUCUGGGGCGAAGGUUGUUUUUCUAAACAAGCAAACUGGAGAAGGAACGACGCUCGUUUUAAUUUUUACCCCAUUUGUUGUACUUUUAUACAUUCGUGAAAAACGAAAUGAAUUUUCAAUCAUCAGCAUCUUACUUAAUUUAUGGAUUUACACCGUAGUACCCUUCGUUUGAAACGGAUCAAUCUUAGUAUGUGGACAACUGCGCACCUACCCCUCCCCUUUACCCAAUUUUGACCCUAACUUGUUCUAAGUUGACUGUUGGUUAGGUUAAUGGGGGAGGGGGGUAGGCACGCUAUCGGUUAGGUUAGUGGGGGAAGGGGCCAGGUGCGCUGUUGGUUAGGUUAGUGGGGGAGGGGGUAGGUGCGCUGUUGGUUAGGUUAGUGGGGGAGGGGGGUAGGUGCGCAGUUGGUGAAGUUAGUGGGGGAGGGGGUAGAUGCGCUGUUGGUCAGUUACUGACAUUGAUCCGAACUUAUUUUAUCUAGAUUACAAUGAAGAUGUACAGUUUUGUUUCUAAUUAUUUACAAUGUUUUAUGUAACUGCAGUGAAUGGCGUUUCUUCUUAAUUUUGAUUGAGAGAGAGACCUACAUAUGUCGAGACAGUGUUAGAUCCGCAAUUGUAAUGUCGUUUUCAAACAAGCUAUCCUGAAAGAAAAUGUAAUUUUUUCCUUUGAAAUUAGAUAUAGUUCAUGGCUGGACAACCUGCUUAUUUUCCGUAGGUCUAAAAGAGAAUUCUUAGAUAUGAAGCUUUUAUAGAGUGUUAAUUAUAUAAUUAAUUUUAAUACAGUGAGAUACUUAGCCCUCGUACUCCCAGGAUCAGAUUGUCUGUUCUCCCCUCUGGCUGUACACAACUUCUUGUAAAUUAUUUACGAGGAUUUGGUUUGAGAUCAGGAUAACUUCUGCCUAAUAAAUUUGAGUAUUCUCAUUAGCUGUUUGCGGGAUAAUGUAUGGAUAUUAAAGGGAGAAAUUACUUGUUAAUCAUUUCUGGGAGUUCAAGGGUUAAACUGUUAUGACAGUUAAGUUCUAUAACUGUGCGUAUCACGUAAAAUUAGCCGGCUGCAAAUUGCGCUACUACUUUCUUUGAAAAUUUUUAGCUGGAUGGAUGUAUGUUUUUAGGGUCGAGGACAAACUCGUGUUGCGGAAAUAUGAAUCUGUUCAUUUGGUCUGUGGAUGGAACUGAAGGACGGUCAGUCGCCGUCUGUUUUGUGCAUUUGCUCCCACGAAAAAAUCCUUUUUUCAUCUUAACGCAGUAAUAUGAUUUAUUAAAAAGCUAAGAAUUUUAUUUAA